AUGGCCAGGAAUUUCCCAAUCCAGAAUUUGGGGGAAUUUGCCAGAAAGCUACCUGGUUAUGCAGCCUCUCAGCACCUGCCAGUCCUCACACAUGUCUUGUUUCUGCCUCAAGCUGAAGAGGAGGAGCCGGCCUUCUGGAACAAAAAGGCAGCCCAUGCCAUCCAAGAAGCCCUCUCCCUCCGUCCUCGGCACUACCGGACCAAGAACCUCAUCCUCUUUCUGGGAGAUGGCAUGGGUUUACCAACCAUCACAGCCACCCGCAUCUUGAAUGGACAGAUGCUGGGGCAUUUGGGCCCCGAAACACCUUUGGCUAUGGAUGCGUUUCCCUACCUGGCCCUUUCCAAGACGUACAACGUGGACCGGCAAGUGCCAGACAGCGCAGGCACUGCCACCGCCUACCUCUGCGGGGUGAAGGGCAACUACAAGACCAUCGGGCUGAGCGCGGCUGCCCGCUAUAGCCAGUGCAACACCACAGCAGGAAAUGAGGUCACGUCGGUGUUCCAGCGAGCCCGUGAGGCUGGCAUGUCCGUGGGGAUCGUGAGCACCACGCGGGUUCAACACGCCUCCCCUGCUGGACUCUACGCCCACACGGUGAGCCGAAACUGGUACUCGGAUGCCAACAUGCCCGCCGCGGCUAUCGAGCAAGGAUGCAAAGAUAUCGCGCUGCAGAUGGUGGAAAAUGUCGACAUCACGGUGAUCUUAGGUGGUGGCAGGAAGUAUAUGACCCCAGCGGGGAACCCAGACCCUGAGUACCCUUCAAACCCCCUUCAGAGCGGUCUCCGCAACGAUAAUCGCAACCUCAUUGCCGAGUGGCUGGCGAACUCCCCGAGCAACAGGUAUGUCUGGAACCGAACUGAGCUUUUGGCUGCUGCAGAUGAUCCAUCGGUGAACCGUCUCAUGGGUCUCUUUGAACCUUCCGACAUGAAGUAUGAACUCAAUCGAGAUAACUUCACGGACCCGUCUCUGGUCGAGAUGAUGACAGUAGCUAUCAAAAUCCUCCAGCGGAAUCCCAAGGGCUUUUACCUGUUUGUGGAAGGAGGCAAAAUCGACCUGGCCCACCACGACGGCCUGGCAAAGAGAGCUCUCAUCGAGGCGGUGGCGUUUGAUCAGGCCAUCCAGCGGGCAGGGGAACUGACCAGCGAAGAGGACACUCUCAGCGUGGUGACCGCUGACCAUUCCCACGUCUUCUCCUUUGGGGGCUACACCCUGAGAGGCACCUCUAUCUUUGGGUUGGCCCCAAAGCUUGCCAAUGAUGAUAAGACAUACACAUCUAUCCUGUACGGGAACGGGCCAGGCUACCAGAUUACUAAUCAGAGUCGCCCAAACGUGAGCGCUGUUGAAAGCGAGAGCAACAGCUACCACCAGCAAGCGGCUGUGCCCCUCAGUUCAGAAACCCACGGCGGGGAGGACGUGGCCAUCUUUGCCAAGGGCCCCAUGGCCCACCUCUUUCAUGGGGUGCAGGAGCAGACACAUGUGGCCCACGCCAUGGCCUUUGCAGCUUGCCUGGAGCCGUACACGUCCUGCGGACUGCCUAGUCCCGACUCUUCCGGCCAACUCAGCCCCUCGUUCCUGACUCUUCUACUGGUGGCCAUGGUCUCUUGGGGUUGCUAA